AUGGGUGUUGCUGGUAAGAUCGAGACUCUGGUCGAUUCAAUGAGGGAUUUAUCUCCGACACGUGUCAGAUCAUCCUCCUCUGGUGAAGCUGAGAACGAUGGCGAGAGAAGCUCGUGGAUUGCUCUUCAUCCUUCGGCUUUGGAUAUGUUCGACAAAAUCAUUAGUGAUGCGGAAGGCAAACAAAUUGUGAUGUUUCUUGAUUACGACGGAACUCUCUCACUAAUCACUGAGGAUCACGAUAAAGCCUACAUAACAGAUGAGAUGCGAGAAGUUGUAAACGAAGUGGCUAUCUAUUUCAAGACAGCGAUCAUCAGCGGAAGAAGCACAGACAAAGUACAGAAUUUUGUGAAACUCCCGGGGAUUCACUACGCCGGGAGCCACGGCAUGGACAUUAAGGGUCCGACCAAUAUCGAUCAGACUAACCAAGAAGUGAUGUUUCAACCUGCAAGUGACUUCUUACCGAUGAUCGACGAGGUGGUUGAUAUUUUAAAGGAAAAGACAAAAUCGUUCCAUGGAGCUACGGUGGAGCACAACAAGUUUUGUCUUUCCGUACAUUUCCGCCGCGUUGAUGAGCAGGGAUGGGCUGCAUUAGCUGAGCAAGUGAAAUCGGUUCUCAUUGAUUAUCCGAAAUUGAGGCUGACGCAAGGCAGAAAGGUGUUAGAACUCCGACCUUCCAUCAAAUGGGACAAGGGAAAGGCUCUCGAAUUUUUGUUAAACUCAUUAGAUAUAGCAGAAUCUAAAGAUGCUUUACCAAUUUACAUUGGCGAUGAUCGUACUGAUGAAGAUGCUUUUAAGGUUUUACGUGAAAGAGGACAAGGUUUAGGGAUUGUUGUCUCAAAAACUGAAAGGGAAACUAACGCCUCUUACUCUCUUCAAGAUCCAUCUCAGGUUGAAGAAUUUCUGAAGCGUUUGGUAAAGUGGAAGAAGCAAACACUUGGAGAAGAAGAGUAA